GCAGGUCAACUCGCCCCGCCCCACCCCGCCCCGUUCGCAGUCCCGAGGCGAUAGUUAAGAAUCCGUCCGCCAUUCCCUCAAUCAUUCCCUCCGAAAACCAAGAUUCCUGCGGAUGCGAGCGCCGGCCAUGGGAACAGGCCGAGACCUGGCCGUCCCGGCCGGCGUGAGAUGCUGGUGAGGCGGCCAUGGUAGUGAUGAUGAUCGUCGCCGGAGAGGUCGCCAGGGCCGGCCGCGGCGGGGAACGGCCGGUGGCGCCGGACGGGGAGGCGGUGGCGCAAGACGUCGUGGUCGACGUUGCCGACGGGUGCGCUGCGGCCGGUCGGGAGCCCGGGUGCAGGAUCUGCCACCUGCCGGGCGGGGACGGCGACGGCGAGCUGCCCCAGCGGCUGAGCGGACGGCUGGUGAGGCUCGGCUGCGGCUGCCGCGGCGAGCUGGCGGCGGCGCACCGGCGAUGCGCCGAGGCGUGGUUCUCCGUCCGGGGCAACAGGCGUUGCGAGAUUUGCGGUGAGGACGCGGUGAACAUCACCGGAGGCGGCGGCAAGGAGUUCAUACGGCAGUGGCACGACACGGAGGCGGCCGCGGACGCCGGAGGCCUGUCCAAGGCGUGCGGUGGCUUCUGCCGGAGCCAGUCGUUCUGCAACCUGCUAGUCCUGUUGCUCAUCAUCGCGUCCCUCUUGACGUGGUUCUUCCAUAACCACAUGAUAUAAAGUCAUUUAUUUUCAGAAUGAUUUGGAACCUUUAAAGAGUUUCAUGUAAACUACUGUCUUUAAUUAGAUUGUGAUCUUGGAGGCACCGGCGUUUUGCGAAGGAAA